AUGGCCCUACGUCGCCGUGACCUUCUCAUUGCCUGCUUGGGCGGCUUCAUUGCGUGGGGUUUUGCCGUGCGCUGGUUCCCCGUGCUUCGUUACAUCGGAUACGUUUUUUUUGCUGGUAUCACCACCUCUGUCCUUUGCCUGGGUGCCGUCAUUCUUUUAACCGUACGAAGUGGAAAUGAGUGGGGAGCAAACCCAGUCAGUUUAGCUGGCAGUUCGAUCGCCUUCCUGUCCCCCGAUAAAUGGGAACAUGAUGUCAGGAUAUACGAGAAGAGCGUGGAUUAUCGUCCCGAACCCCUAUACCCUCAGUCAUUCCUCGUUUCCGAAGCGCUUGGUGAGCUCCUUGACCUUGCCCUGGGCGAGUUUGUUUCAUCAUGGUACCGGGAAAUAAGCGGCAGCCCAAGAUUUAUCAAUGAAGUCGAUCGUGGGAUAAGGGCUGCACUUGGAAAUUUAAGGGACAGGCUGUUCAGAGAAGACUUGGUGGAAAUCCUGGUGUCCCGGUUUGUACCAAUUUUGACGAACCAUUUUAGAGAUUUUGACACAGCUGAGAGGGCAGUUCGAGGCAGAAACCUGUCACGCACUGUAACCGAAUCGGAAGAGCUGGAGAUUGCAAUCGCGAGUAGGUAUAGAAAUGGAAAUCUACACCCUGCAAUAUCUGUAUCCUCGUUCACGGACCCAAAACAGGUUCAGCAAGAGCACCUCCGCAAGUUGGUUGUUUCACUGCUCCCGAAACUGUUGCCAGAGGGUUUACUGAGCAGCCGGGCGGUAUCUAUCUUGAUACGAGAGAUUGUCACCUGUGCUGUUCUAUAUCCAUUGUUAUUGCUGCUUUCCGACCCUGAUACUUGGAACCAACUGAUGGAAGCCUAUGCGCGCACUGCACUACAAGACCGCAAAACAGUACGGAGACUACGUGAAGCUCUCGACCAACAUGCUUCACCUGCUCCGAAGUCUAAACACAGCCAAGCGUUCCCCAGGCUAAGGGCGGGCGAUAGCGAAAGAGACUUCGAGCGGUUUGUCCGAGUUAUUCGCCGAUGUAACAUCCUGUCAGAUGCGAGGAGAUUCAGAAGCCAAAUUGCCAGCCAACUCAAACGGGAGAGCAUGGUUGAAGGCCAAGACCAGGUCUAUCUCCGUCGCCUGGAAACGGGGAAACGGGUUUUGGAUCAGAAGGUUGCGAAGCUUUCAGUGCCCACCGGCCAGCCAAAUAAUGCGCCUGUAAAUCCUGUUGAUCUUCGCUAUAGCUACAUUUCAAAGCCUCAUGAAGUAUCAUUGGUGGAUGUUAUGCACAAUGCAGCUGGCCUUUCAUACUUUAUGGAGUAUAUGGAUCGCCUGAAUCUCAUGUCCCUUGUCCAGUUUUGGGUCGUCGUUGAUGGGUUCCGAAACCCUCUUGAAGAUGACUUUGGUGAUGACACCCCUUCCAACGCUGUAACAUGGACAACCGCCGAUAGGAACGAUGUCGUGCUGAUCAGCGAGCAGCAUUUGUCGAAGCCUGAAUUGCGGGUUCCUGCUGAAUCUAGACAGGCGGUGAAAGAGUUCAUCAGCGCUGGAAAGCGAGCUUCCCCGGAACAAUAUCGCAAAGCACGAACAGUCAUCCUCACUACCCAGACAUCUGUUUUACUUGAGAUGCAGAAUAAAUAUUAUCCUGGCUUUAAGAAGUCGGAUCUAUACUAUAAAUACUUAGCUUCUGAUGAAGCUGCUUCCGCCUCCGCUUCCACUUCCCAGCCUGGGCGACCGUCUGUGAGCCGGUCAACAUACUCUGAAGGCUCUGAAAGACGUCCUCUUCCCCCCCUUACGGGUCGCGUAUCUUCCCCCCAAACAAACGCAAAACCAAACGAGCUUUUACGAACGGCUGUUUCUACAACCGAUUUAUGGAACCAGCCUAAACACCUAGGUGACUUGCACUUUCUUCGGCGAUCACUAGACUCGGAUCGAGCUCGGCUAUUUGAUGACGAUGAUCUGGAAACCGAUCACCUAGCAGCGUCUAUACAGAGUACCGGAAAGGAUUCUCAAAAUGGGGAUGGAGGGGACGGCCACUCCCGUCAUGUAAUAGAGAGUAUGGAGGCCGCUUUGAAUGAUAUCAUUACCAAUCAACCAAAUGAUUCGAAACUAGAAGAAACGAAAAGCUCGAUUUUACAUUCAAGUAGGGAACAAGAUUCAUCAAGGAGUUCAUUAGAGUUUCCACAACAUGACAAUGGUCCAGUAGGGGAGAAGGUGAAACCAAGUAUCGCGUCGCUGGGCCUUGUUAAUACCUCAUCUAGGAUUGGUGUAUUUACCGACAACGAUCUCUUCUCGGACGAGGAGAAGUUUAUCGAGGAUGAAUACGCGGACCCAGAAACACCUGAGGAUGAAAAAGAUCCGGCGGAGGAGAUACAUGAAGCGGCGCCUGGCGAUCUUGGUCUGGCAGAAGCUAUAUCUGCGUUGACAUCCGAUAUAGAAAAACUCAUUGCCCAAGAGGCCGUCGUUGACACGCUCACCAGAAAAGCGGAAUUGACUAAUAAUACCGCGGAGCUGCGUAUAUUAGGGAAAUCCAAGUCGAGUCUUCAUCGUGAAAUUCGCCGGAAGGAGAUGCAAAGACAGCAAUAUAUCAUUCAAGAAAGUGAUAAUAGCCUCUACGGGCGUUCCACUGUCCAAAUCAAAUCCAUCAUGGUUGGGAAAGAGGAGGAUGGGCGGGAAUAUGCAUUAUAUCUUAUCGAAGUACAGAGGAAUUCUGGAGACCAGAUGCCUGCUGCCUCUUGGGCAAUUCCUCGCCGUUACAGCGAAUUCCACGAACUCCACCAACGUCUACGAAUGCGAUAUCCGUCCGUCCGCAACCUAGAAUUCCCUCGUCGACGUAUGGUAAUGAAACUCCAAAGGGAUUUCCUUCACAAACGCCGUCUUGCGCUCGAAGCCUAUCUCCGGCAGCUCCUCCUCCUCCCUGACGUAUGUCGAAGCCGCGAUUUACGUGCUUUCCUAUCCCAACGCGCCAUAAUCUCCUCUGAAGAAUCAAACGACCAUGAUCUCGAACAUCAACGGCUCGAAGAAAACAAAGACCUCGUUACCCGCAUCUACAACUCCGUUGCCGACGGCAUGGACGAUUUCCUUGGAAACAUCACCGUCCUUGACCAACUCUCCACAGCAGGCCAAAACCUCAUCUCCGCCGCCACAAACCAGCUCGCGACUACCAACAACCCCCCGCCUGACCACCGGCUCAUUAGCCCGGAAGACUCCCUCACUACCGCCGAAGCCGAAGCCGAACUCAACACCUUUGAAUACCGCGAACUAGAGCCCUUCGUAAAGCCCAUCUGCGACAUAUUUCUCGAGAUCUUCGAGCUGAACAAGGGUAACAACUGGCUGCGCGGGCGCGCCGUCGUCAUCGUCCUCCACCAGCUCCUCGGCGGCACGGUGGAGCGCAAAGUGCGCGAGUUCGCCCGCUCGCUCGUGGAGGACUCGUCGUUGCUGCGUUAUAUCCACCUGGCGAAGGACACGUUGUGGCCCGUUACUGCUGAUGGCGAGGGUCGUCGGUUUCGCGACCUGAAACCGCGGAGUUUGGCGGAGAAGAUGAAGAGCAGGACGGAGGCGAGCGUUAUGCUUGCGACGCUUGUGCCGGAUCUUGCGGCCAAUGUGGUUGGGAGGGCGAAUGCGCAAGCGGCGGCGAGGAGGGUGUUUGCGACGACGAAUAAUCAGAGGCUCAAUGCGCACUUGGUUUUUACGGUUUUGGAUGAGAUUGUGGCUGUGUUGCUUGGGAAUGCCAGUGCGGAUGGGAACGGGAAUGGGAGUGGGAGUGGGAGUGGGAGUGGGAGUGGUGGAGUUAGGUGAGAAAUAGCGAAGGAUGAGAGAGGAGUGGGUUGUAUAUGUUUGGUAUUUCGUUUUCUCAUUCAUUCAUUUUCUUCCGAUUUCUUUAUGGUUGGCUGUGGGGGAUAAAAGGCAAUGUCAUGAAUAAUGAUAACGUCUGAAUGUGUGUGUACAUAUAACAUAACUAACUACCUAGCACUGGACUGGA